AUGAACUGCAGUCUCCACGUGAGUAUCAACAGCGUGAUGGCUGGCGUGUAAACUCAACACUGAAGUUGUUGGGUUUUCACCAAGAUUUAAUACUACGCGGUUUAUUUGUAACAGAAGUAAUACAAAGACGAUGGCAACCGUCCGCAAGAAGGUAGAUAACCGGAUCCGGGUCCAAAUCGAGAAUGGAGUCGCUUUGCAGCAUCGGACCAUGUUUGUGGUGGUGGGGGAUCGUGGAAGAGAUCAGGUUGUCAUCCUACAUCAUAUGUUGUCUAAAGCUGCUGUCAGAGCUCGACCCUCUGUUCUCUGGUGCUACAAAAAAGACCUGGGAUUCAGUAGCAAUCGGAAGAAGCGCAUGAGACAACUGCAGAAGAAGAUUAAAACUGGCACACUGAACCUGAAUCAGGACGACCCGUUUGAGCUCUUCAUUGCUGCAACCAACAUCCGCUACUGUUACUACAACGAGACACACAAGAUUCUGGGAAACACCUACGGCAUGUGUGUCUUACAGGAUUUUGAAGCUCUCACUCCCAACCUGUUAGCAAGAACUGUUGAGACGGUAGAAGGAGGUGGUAUUGUGGUCAUACUGCUGAGGACAAUGAACUCUCUCAAGCAGCUGUACACUAUGACUAUGGACGUUCACUCUCGAUACAGGACUGAGGCCCACCAGGAUGUGGUGGGAAGGUUCAACGAGAGGUUCAUUCUGUCUCUUGCAUCCUGCAAAAACUGUGUUGCCAUUGACGACCAGCUCAACAUCCUGCCGAUCUCCAGCCACAUGGCAAACAUCAAGCCCAUCCCCCCAAAGACUCAGGAGGACGGGUUGUCUCCUCGAGAACAGGAGCUAAAGGACCUGAAGGAGUCUCUCCAGGACACUCAGCCAGUCGGUGUGUUGGUGGAUUCCUGCAGGACCAUGGACCAGGCUAAAGCAGUGCUGAAGUUUAUUGAAGCGAUCUCAGAGAAGACCCUGAGGAGCACCGUGGCUCUGACUGCUGCCCGAGGUCGAGGCAAGUCUGCUGCUCUGGGGCUGGCAGUCGCUGGAGCUGUGGCUUUCGGCUACUCCAACAUCUUUGUCACCUCACCGAGCCCAGACAACCUUCACACCAUGUUUGAAUUCAUCUUCAAAGGCUUCGAUGCUCUGCAGUACCAGGAGCAUCUUGACUAUGAGAUCAUCCAGUCUUUGAAUCCAGAGUUCAACAAAGCCGUGGUGCGGGUGAACAUUUUCAAAGAGCAUCGGCAGACGAUUCAGUACAUCCACCCAGGUGAUGCAGUGAAGCUGGGUCAGGCUGAGCUGCUGGUCAUCGAUGAGGCUGCAGCCAUCCCUCUGCCUCUAGUUAAGAACCUGCUGGGGCCUUAUCUGGUCUUCAUGGCCUCCACCAUCAACGGGUACGAAGGCACCGGACGCUCUCUUUCCCUCAAACUGAUCCAGCAGUUGAGGCAGCAGAGUGCAGACAGUCAGCAGAGCACGUCAGCUGAGAACAGGACCACCAACACGGCGAGACUAGCAGCAGCUCGCUCUCUCCAUGAGGUUUCCCUGCACGAGUCCAUUCGAUACGCUCCAGGAGACGCCGUGGAGAAAUGGCUGAAUGAGCUGCUCUGUCUCGACUGUCUCAACAUUCCCAGGCUCAUCUCUGGCUGCCCACUUCCACAGAGCUGCGACCUAUACUAUGUGAACAGAGACACGCUCUUCUGCUACCAUAAGGCAUCUGAGGCUUUCCUGCAGAGGCUGAUGGCUCUCUAUGUGGCAUCACACUACAAGAAUUCGCCGAACGACCUGCAGAUGUUGUCCGAUGCUCCGGCUCACCACCUCUUCUGCCUGUUGCCGCCUGUUCCUCCGACACAGAACUCGCUGCCUGAGGUCCUUGCCGUGGUGCAGGUUUGUCUAGAGGGGGAAAUCUCAAGACAGUCGAUCCUCAACAGUCUGUCCAGAGGGAAGAAGGCGUCCGGUGACCUCAUCCCCUGGACUGUGUCAGAACAGUUCCAAGACCCAGAGUUUGGCGGCCUCUCGGGAGGAAGAGUGGUGCGAAUAGCUGUCAAUCCAGACUACCAAGGGAUGGGUUAUGGCUCCAGAGCUCUCCAGCUGCUCCAGAUGUACUAUGAAGGCAAGUUUCCCACCAUGGAUGAGAGCACAAACUCCAACCACAAUGAAAUCACUUCCAUCAGCAGUGAGGCUGUCGGUCUGCUGGAGGAGGUGAUCACUCCUCGGAAAGAGCUCCCUCCUCUGCUGCUGAAGCUGAGCGAGAGGAGAGCAGAGAGGCUGGACUAUUUAGGAGUUUCUUAUGGCCUUACUGCACAACUGCUCAAAUUCUGGAAGAAAGCGGGUUAUACUCCAGUCUACUUGAGACAAACUCCUAAUGACCUGACGGGAGAGCACUCCUGUGUGAUGCUGAAGGAGCUGAAUACAGAUGAAGCCCCGGAGCAGAGCCAGUGGCUGUCUGCCUUCUGGAAAGAUUUCCGCCGGCGCUUCCUGUCUCUGCUCUCCUAUCAGUUCAGCAGCUUCCAUCCGAGCCUGGCUCUCAACAUUUUGCAGAAUAAAAAGUCAAAGGAGGAGACGAGCACUCUCAGUAACUCCGAGCUGGCUGCUCACUUCAGCCCUUACGACCUCAAACGUCUGGAGUUGUAUUCACGUAGCAUGGUGGACUAUCACCUCAUCAUGGACCUGAUCCCAUCCGUGGCGCGCAUGUUCUUCCUCAAGCAGCUCGGUGACGUCUCCCUUUCAGCAGCCCAGUGUGCGCUACUGCUGGGAAUAGGAUUGCAGCACAAGUCUGUGGACAAGCUGGAAAAGGAAAUCGAUCUCCCAAGCUCGCAGCUCAUGGGCCUCUUCAACCGUCUUAUCCGUAAAUUUGUGCAAGUCUUCACCAGCGUCCAAGAAAAAGCGAUUGAAGCACAGAUGGUAACUACAAAAGAGGUUUCCAUGGAGCCAACGGUCAAGAGCCUUAAUGAAGAUCUGACUGAAGCAGCUAAAGAGUUUGAAGAGAGGCACAAGCAGGACUUGGAGAAAGUAAAGGCAAUGGACCUGGAGGAGUACAAGAUUCGUGGAGAUGAUGAGGAGUGGGACCAGGUGUUGAAGAAAGCAGGGAGCACAGCUGUUGUCAGCAUCAAAAGUGACAAGAAGAGGAAAUGGGAAGGGGGAAACGCAAUAGCAAGCAACGGGGCUCCGCAGCACGGGAAACUAAAAAAGAAGGAAAUGCAACAUGGAAAAUUCAAGAAGAACAAGGACAAGCAUGGGAAAUUUGGAAAGAAGGCAUGACCGCAAAGAGAAGACCUUGAACAGGACUGUUUGUGUAAUUUAGAGAAGUCUGGGUAUGUUGGACUGAUUGGAACCAGCUGAUGUGUGCCCACAAGACUGGAUGUCCAUUGUUUUUCCUAUUCGUCAUUCAAUUCACUGGCAUUCUGCAUGUCAAAACAGGUUUGUUCCUAUGUGUGUAACUGCAUACUGUAAAUCAGCAGGAAAUAACACACUUUAGCCUCAUGUGCUAAAUAAGUAUAAUUUACUUAUGUCAAACAAUUCACUUUUAGAGUUCAGUUUGUCAUUCUUUUUAUAAAUACUUUAAAAAGCUUCAUGUAAACUGAUUCUUUUUAUGAAAUAAAAACCUGAGGUAUAUGACAGA